AUGUCUCAGAGUUCUCCCUCAAAGAAAUCUUCUCCUUCCUCUGAAACAGCAUCAGGAUCUAGGGCACCCAAUGUGGUGAGUGAUCAAGAUGUUGUGUUGGAUGUUGUGCCAUUGAACUCUGUUCCUGCUACCGAUCCUGUUCGUAAUCUACCAAGAAAGAUGCAUGCAAGAAAAUCAACUGGUGGAUCUGUUCCAGAAACUCUUUCUGUUCAAGGUAGAGAGGGCUCUGCUUAUGUUCACAAUGCAAUCGCAGGUAUUGUCACAAGAAUCUUGAAUGAAGGGCACAAGGUUGAUGGAAUAUCUGUUCCUCUAGCCCAAAUUCCUGCCUCUGAGAAUAGCAAAGAUGAUCAAGAUGGUCAAGAUGAUGCUAGCAAAGAUCAGGGUGAUGUUGAGACAUCUGUUGAUAACAAUGAUGAGAAGACCCCUGGUGCCAAAGAUGUUGAGACAUCUGAAGCUAUCAAUAUUGAAACAUCUGGUACUAAAAAUGCUGAGAUUCUUGAACCUGAGAAAGCUGAAGAGGUUCCUGUUGCUCCUCCUAAAGAAACCCUUAAUGAAGGCCCUACUGUGCAUGAUGUGGUGAAUCUGGAUGAUUCUAUUGACAUUGCUGAUGAUGAGCUCAUCUCUAGCAUCUCUCAUAGAGUCAAGACUCGUAAGGGAAAACAGGCUUGUGAUCAAGAUUUCUCCAAACCUCAGGUUACUCCUCAAAAGAAGGUCACUAUAAAGAAGGUCAAGAAGGUCCUUGCUGAACCUUCAACCACUGGGAGCAAGGUUGCUGUGAAGAAGAGGAAGGAAAGAAGUGUUUCUGUCCCUGAAGACGAUGUCUUAAGUGAUGUCCCUGACAUCCCAUCAAAGAAGAAGAUUGCUGUCACAAAAUCCUCCACAAAGGUUCGUGAUGUUCCCUUGGACAACAUUUACUUGCACUAUGCUUCAAAUGCUAUCCAGUGGAAGUUUGUUUAUCAAAGAAGGCUGACUCUAGAAAGAGAAUUAGCAAAUGAUGCUCUGGAAUGUCAAGAUGUCAUGAAGCUCAUCAAGUCUGCAGAUUUGAUUAAAACUGUUACUCAUUUUUCAAAGUAUGCAUUGCUGCACAAAAUUGGUGCUGCUAACUGGGUGCCUACCAAUCACACUUCUACCAUUGCUGUUGGCCUAGGAAGAUUCAUAUAUGCUGUGGGAACCAAGACAAAAUUUGACUAUGGGACUUACAUAUUUGAUCAAACUAUGAGGCAUGUUGGUACCUCUGCUACCAAGCUUCCCAUUGCUUUCCCAUCUCUGAUAUGUGGGAUAAUCCUCAAGCAACACCCUGGAAUUCUGAAAAGUAAAGAUUCUGUAUGUAAGAGGGAGAGUGCUUUGUCUUUUCACUACAAGCUGCUUCAGAGGUCUGAUGACAUGACAUCUGCUGGGACAUCACAACCCAGCAAGUCUGUGAACAAAGCCCUUCUUAUUGCUGAGCUGAAAGAGACUUGUCAGGAGUUGGACAACAGGAAGAUGAAACUUGAAAAGCUCAUCCAAAGUCUUGAGCAGUCUACAGAUGAUGACCUUGCUGGUGAGAGGGAUGGUGACAAUAUGGAUGAAGACAAAGGUGCUGAGGAAGAGGCUGAGGAAGAGGCUGAGGAUGCUGAGGCUGAGGGUGCUGAAAGUGGGAGUAGUGAUGCUGCUGAAGAGACUAGUAGCUCAAGUGAUGACAAUCCUGGUGGCUCUAGUGAUGAAGACAGUGAUGGGUCUGAUGAUUAG